GUGGGUCUUUAAAGGGCUGCUCUGCUCCUGCUCACAAGCUCAAUCUCGUAGGACUUGUUAGCGUAUCACGUGCCAGAUUCUUAAUGAAGUGGACACACAAGAGCACUAUGUGCGCAUGCGCUCGGUGUAAACUGUAGUUGGAAAUGAGGUGUCCGUCUUGGAGUAGUCGACUUUUAAAAAGCAUCGGCAGCCCGUGAUAUGACGACUUCGCUAGUUCUGCAUCCACGCUGGGCGGACACCUUGAUGUACGUUUAUGAAAAAAGCCCGAAUGAAAACAACCAGAAUAAAAGCCAAACAAUGGAGGGACUGAGCGGUAAUUGCCCUGCGACCCACUGCAGGGACCUGAUGUCGCACCCCGCGCUGGGACGACAUUCUGGCACCAUAGCGACCCACCAGGGCUCCGUCUACUCGGAUAUUUCCUCCACAGACACUGGCCGACAGUGUCCUGCUUCUCAAACAUCAUCAAGUGCAUCUUUGAGUUACGGUUAUCCCUUUGGAAACCCAUAUUACGGCUGCAGAUUAUCUCACUCGCACAACGUGAACUUGCAGCAGAAGCCUUGCUCGUACCAUCCCGCAGAGAAAUAUGCCGAGCCCAGCACAGCGCUGCCUACGGAAGAACUGUCUACCAGGGCGAAAGAGUUUGCCUUCUACCCGAGUUUCGCCAGCUCGUAUCAGGCUGUUCCCGGAUAUCUCGACGUGUCGGUGGUGCCCAGUAUCAGUGCCCACCCUGAACCGCGCCACGACGCCUUGAUUCCCAUGGAGGGCUACCAGCACUGGGCUCUCCCUAAUAGCUGGGAUGGCUACAAAGAGCCAACACAGCCAACUCACAUUUGGAAAUCACCUUUCCCAGAUGUUGUGCCAUUGCAGCCCGAGGUCAGCAGUUAUCGUCGAGGGCGUAAAAAGCGUGUCCCUUACACCAAACUCCAGCUCAAGGAACUGGAGAAAGAGUAUGCAGCAAGCAAGUUCAUCACCAAAGACAAGAGAAGGCGCAUCUCGGCCGCCACCAACCUUUCAGAGCGUCAAGUCACCAUCUGGUUCCAAAACCGACGAGUCAAGGAGAAGAAAUUUGUCAGUAAAUCCAAGAACAGUCAUAUGCACACCACUUGAAUGGAUGAGCGACUUUCUUGAAACUGCAAGUCACACUUUCCAAAUCAUCUUGCCAUAUAUUUACCUCUUCCAAUCAUAGUUGAAGAAAUUUUUUUGUAUUUUUAAUUUAAGUUCCAUCAUCAGUUCCACCGACCACGCAACCAAGGUCUCCGAUUUCAAUUUAGAGAUAAUGCUCUAAAAACUGUGAAAAUAUAAAAAUUCACUUCACAUUUUGUUUUAUAGGAAUGUACAUAUAUAAAUAUAUAAUAUUUAAAACGAUAUUAGUAUUUCAAAGACACGUAUUGCGUGUUUUUUUCCUUUCCUGUUUCCUUUUUGUAAGAUUUCAAAAGGACUGAUGACAUUUCAAUACUUGCGACUGAUCAAAACAGAGGACACGGUUUAAUGUCAUUUUUGAACUGUAAUCGCCGCAUGGACAAUGGUUGCUGUGGCGAAAAGACAUGCUGAACUUGAGACUUUAUCUUCUUCAACAAAAGACUUUCGGAAGAAAGAAUAAUUUUCUAAAAAAAAAAAAAAAAAAAAGGAAAAAGAAAGAAAAAGAAAAAAUAUUCCGUCUGAAUAUCAAAAGCUAUGUGCGUGGGAUAUGUUAAGCCUGGGGUAAAACAAAGGCUGCUAUGUCGUUAAUCUGUACAGUGCAAUGCCUUUCUUAUUUAAUUCAUAUUAUCUAGUAUGGCGGAAAUGUAAACUGGAAUAUCCCCCAAAUCUGUAUGUUUUCCUUUUAUCAGUGAAGGAUUCUGUCAUGCAACCGGAAUGAUUGUAAACCAUUAAAGUCAGUGAGUAUUACACAUAAAUGCACAAUCGUUUCUAUCUUGUUUUGACUUCGUUAGUGUAACCAUUGGAGAUGAUCACACGCCUUGUACGACGCCUGUAAUUUCUACUUUGGUGCAGUAUGUGAACUGUUUUGUGGUGUUGAAUUACGUACUGAUAACGUGUUUCAUAAAUAAAUGAUGAUUAUGAAAAUG